CUCCUUUUAGGUUGCCUUCUUUCAUGUUUACUGUUCUUAGCCACAUUUUUCUCGACGCGCCUCCUGGCGCGUGGAAGUUAAUUUCUGUGAGCGACCAUGGCUGCAUAGGAACCUCCAAAAUGCUUUGAAUUCAAACCACCACCAUGGCUUUGUUCUUUUCCCCUACUUUUUCAAGUCGCAGAUCUGAUGCUUCGUCUCAUUGCCUCUCUCGUUUGUAACGAUGCUCUCUUAUUCUCAGACUUUGAAUCUCCGUCUUCACAAUCACCACCGUCGUUCAAGGCUCUUCCGAUGGCCGCCGCGGUUCGCCAAACCCGUCCAUAAAAGGAAUUUCAUCAUUUCUUCGAUGACGUGUUUCAAUGCAGAUUCGUAUUACGGCGUCAAGCUAAGAGUGUCGAAGGUUCAUAACACUCGAUACCAUCAACCACGUAGGGUGACUGAAGUUAGUGCCUUCGAUCAGGAUUCAUUUGAUUUUGGUAUACCCUCGCUUGACCACUUCAGUGACAAUGAGGGGACUGCUACUGGAUUUGGGCUUCCAUCCAGUGAUGGUGAAGACAGCGAUCCAGACAUCAUACUAAAUCCAGUUUCAGAUGUUGAUUUGCCUACUGUAUCCGUGCAACACAAUGAUGCAUUGACAGUCACUGCUCACCGGAUGGCAAUGCUUAGUAGAGGACGUCAUAAACACAAGAUCAGGCACGGACUUUUUACAAAUACCGGGCUGAUGGCUUUCUUGAUGAUCCUUCUUCUCUAUGUGGACUGGUGUGCAUGGCGAACUGUUCGACUCCCUUUAGGACCAUUUCACUUGACUGGCCCUUUUCUGAUAUCCGCCUGUUUAGCCUCUUGUGCAGGCUAUUUAUGUGUUCCAUUGCUCUAUCAACUUAAGGCUUACCAAAUUACAAGGCAAGAAAGACCUGUUAGACACGCAUUAAAGAGAAAGACGCCUACUAUGGGUGGAUUGUUUUUUGUGCCAAUUGGUAUAGCUGUUGCUAAAUACUUUGCUAGUUUUUCUUCCGCUGAAGUUUCUGGAGCAUCAGUGGCAACUUUAGCAUUUUUUGCCAUUGGGCUGGUAGACGAUAUCUUAAGCCUAGUCAAGAGUCAGAAGUAUGGGUUAUCUGCCUGGAUCAAACUUUUGUUGCAGGUAGCUGUUGGAAUCUGGUUUUCUUUUUGGCUCCAAGAUGCAAGUAUAUCAUCUCCUUACAGCAUGAAAAUGUUGAUCCCUAUGCCGGCACCUCUUGGCCUUGUAUUCCUUGGAAAAUGCUAUAUGUGGUUGACAUCAUUUUGUUUUGUCUCUAUGGGGAAUGGAAUAAAUCAGACGGAUGGUCUUGAUGGACUAGCUGGUGGGACUGCGGCCUUGGCUUUCAUUGGGAUGGCUAUUGCGGUGCUUCCAAUAUCUUCUGACCUUUCCAUAUUUGGAGCAUCAAUGUCUGGAGCUUGUGUUGGUUUUCUUUUGCACAACCGAUUUAAGGCCUCUGUAUUUAUGGGUGAUACUGGAUCCUUUGCACUCGGUGGAGCAUUAGCUGCAAUGGCUUCCUGCAGUGGAAUGUUUCUCCCACUAUUCAUUUCUUCUCUAGUUUUUGUAUUAGAAACAUCAUCCGUUAUCUUGCAGGUAGUAUACUUCAAGAUGACAAAAAAGUUCCAGGGAGUUGGGCGUCGCAUGUUUAAAAUGGUGCCAUUUCAUCAUCACUUGGAGUUAUGUGGCAUCAAAGAACCAUUCAUCGUUGCUGGGGCCUAUACUGUAUCCUCCAUAUUGGCACUGGUUGCAGGUUAUAUUGGCCUUAUUUCAGCAUAGUUGUUUCUCUCUUUCGACAUGUGGAAUGGAAGAAUCAAACCUUUGUUCUUUUACCGAGAACGUAUGUCUUAACCAACUGCACAUAAACUAUGCUUAGGUCGCUAUUAACACCCAAUUUUGUAGUUAUGCUACAAGUUGUUUUUAUUUGUUUUUUUGGGGGGUUGCGUGGCGCCGUGGCCUAUGUUUCUAGUAGGAGAGUUUUGUCCAUGUCUGAUAAGUAUUUGCUGAAAUUGCUUGAUUGAUAGAAUAUUCAAAUUAUAUGUCUCCGAUUUUCUAAUUUUUUUUCAAAUAAAUGAAAUUGUAACGACCCAACUUUAUAAGACAACUA